AUGAGAAAUGUUGUAAUUCUAGGCCAAGGACCAGGUGCUUAUAUGUGUGGAAUAUACGCUCAUACAGCCAAUUUGUCUCCAAUCAUAAUCAAAGCAUGCAAAAAAUCAAUGACAGACUUUUCUGGAUCCGAAAAAGUCGUGGGUGUCAAAGGAAUUCAAAGCCCCGAGGAGCUUGUUGGUUUAGUGGAAAGACAAUCCAAGAACAUGGGGAUCGAAGUGAGGGAAGAGGAAAUCCUGAACAUCUCCAAGAAACAGAACCACUUUGAGAUUGAAACAAACACCGGAACACACGAAACAAGAUCCUUGGUUAUUGAUUCCAAGGAUCUAGAAAAAAAGUAUCGCCCUCUCCUAGGAGGCAGAGGUGUCUUUUAUGUAAGUGAUAAAGCCCCUUAUAGAGAAGCGAUAAUCCUUGCAAGUGCAGGAUGUAAGGUGUCAUUCGAUGUAAAGGAGUUCAUAGAUGCCAUUAACCAAUGA